AUGACGACAAGCAGCAGCCGGGCGGCGCGGAGUGGGGCGGUGAGGAAAGUGCCGGCGCUGGCGCCGGCUGGGAGGCCGCAGAAGCCGUCGGUGUACACUGGCGUGAGGUUACGGCAGUGGGGCCGGUGGGCGGCGGAGAUCCGUGUGCCGGGAACCCGCCAGAAGCUGUGGAUCGGCACCUUCGAGACCGACAGGCAGGCGGCGCUCGCCUACGACGCCGCCGUCUUCUGCUUCUACGGCGUGCACCUGCCCAGGGGGCGCAACUUCAACUUCCCCGGCGCGCCGCGCCCCGACAUCCCGGCGUGGGUGCGCGUCCAGCUCAACGUCACCAGCAUCAAGGCCAUCGCCGAGAGGCACGCCCGCGGCGUCGACGCCCGCCUUCCACCUCUGGUUGUGGCACCGGCAACAACGGCGACGGCGAUGGCGGCUGGUCCUUCUGCCGGUGAAGGUGCAUCUGCACUACCUGAUGACGUACGCUCCACGCUCCACGGGUAG